GAUCGCGUCUCGCGGACGUCUCCGUCUUCGGCUCGAACGUAACGAUCGGAGCAUCGUAAAGGAAGCAAGCGGUCCGGAAACGAUGGGAAAGCCAUUGCACCUGAUUGUAAUAUUGCAGCUAUCGUCCGCGUUCGCUUAUAGGUACGAUCCCCCGUGGUAUCGCGCGGAUACGCAGCGUCCGGUCGACGUGAUCACCGACGUCGUCAACGAGCUCGGAGUGAGGAUCCUUCAGCAAUACUCGACGCGCGGAAACGUCGCGUUCUCGCCCACGGGGGUCGCCUUUGUGCUGGCGGCGCUCUACGAAGGAUCCGCGGGUAGAGGAAGUCAACAGAUCGCCCAGGCCUUAGGCCUACCAGCCAACCGGGAUGUUACCAGGAUCGGUUUCAGGGAUAUUCACCGACGAUUGCGAAGCUACCUUAACGCCGAUGGCUUUCUGGGCGGGCUGACGCUAAGCAGAGAGAACACCAGACUCCGUCCUGAGUAUGAAGACAUUCUGAGGUUUUACGGCUUCGAUCUCUCGAGUAUUGAGCAAGAAGCGAAUGUUACCGUUAGCAUGGAAGAACUUCCGACGUCCACGACUGGCUCGACCACGCUCCCGGCUGAGAUGGUAAACACCGGGAAUGUGUCGGACAUGACGACGACAACAUCAACGGGUGCUAUCACGACGCUUCCUCCGGCUGGCGCGGAAACAACAGUCGUUCCAUCGACCGCAGCGGGCGUUACUCAGCAAACUGUCACGACGACGGCACCAACGGGUGCGACCGACGUACCAACGACAUUGAUUCCGGUCACCACCGCCGGCACAGUUGUCCAAAACACGUCGUCGACGACGCAAUCGGCAAAUUCCUUAACGACGACUACUACAUCCGGCGAAAGUGUUCAGCCGACUCCAACUCCGUCCGCCGGCGCGGAAACUGUCGCGGGUUCGCCGAAUACGACAAUUACGCCGAUGAUAAACACGGACAGUCAAACGAUUCCAACUACAACUGUGGUCGCGGGCGAUCAGGGUCCGCAAACUUCCUCGACAGUCGCCGCCGGCGGUGCCACCGGAAUGAGCGCCAACGUUCCUAAUGACGGCGUUCAAGCGUCGACGGGCGCGGAUAUGGCAACGGCAGCCGCGACCGACGCUGGCGUGACGGUAUCGAUGAGUACCGAGAUACCUGCAACGACGACGAUGAAUAUGUCGAGUUCGGACGCGCCGAUGGCGGCCGCGAUCGUCGCGGACGCGAGUACCGACUCGUUGGCGGCUGCGAGCACGCUCGUCGUCCGCAUGACGCCCGCUAACACGACUAUUCCCAACGCGACCUUCGGUACCGUUACCAUGAAUUCGUUAACUACUGUGGUACCAGCGAUCUCGAAUAGCGCGAACGUGACCAUCCCGAGUCCCGUUACCGAAACGAUGACGGUGAACGGCGUUAUUUCGCAAUCGAGUACCGUCGGGUCGUCGGCAGACGCUCCGGCCGAGAAUACUCCAGGAAUGACCGCUGCGAAUGACCUCCCCACGAUGACGAUGACCAAUACUGACGGCGCUGUCGCGGUCAAUUCUGCGACGACCGGGGUACCGCCUGUCCCAGCAACGAACGUGACGUCGGGCAAUCCUGCUGGAAUGAACGCCACGGUCACGAAUUCUACGAUGAAUUCCACGGCUAACCAGACGAUCGCGUCUCUCGUGGACGAAAAUAUGAUUUCGAUGGCUCGAAAGAAGAAGGACUUGAUGGAUAUAAUUAACAGCAAUACCGUUAAAGAUGAGUCAACGGACGGAUCGUCGAAUCUUCGCAAACGCAAGGCGAGAAGCCCGCGUGGAUACUUCUCUAGCUACCCAGAUGAAGGUAUCUGGAUGCAAAAUUUAGAAAUUUGGAAAUCACAUAACAUAGCAAACCCGGGUGAGUCCUCCAUCGGAGAUUCAUCGGCGGAGAUGUCGUUUUUGGUGAACGGUUGCGAUCUUUCCUCAGUUUCGGCCUCGAGAUACAUCGCCGUAUUGCCCUUCGCGUACUUUCCAUCGUUGCAGGCUGUCGCGCUCGAGUUUCCUUUAGACGAUCCUCGAUACAACAUUAUACUUUUCAUGCCCACGGAUAAAACGGACACGCAUCGUCUGGCGAGGGAUCUCAGCGGAAAGCCAUUGAGAUUGUUGAGGAAGUGCUUACAGCCUACUUGGGUCAGGGCCACUAUACCUUCGUUCAUGCUGCGUGGUUUCGUCACGCUGACGCCAUUUUUACAAAGGCUGGGAAUUCUGGAUGUGUUCGAGCCGCGAGUGGCCGAUUUAUCGCCCAUGACGUCCGAUCUCGGCGUGUACGCCAGGGACGUGCAGCAGAGUAUAGGGGUCAAUAUAAGGAAUUAUAUGAAGCCCGACCGGACCCAUUCUCGUGAGUCGUCUAAUGUCGUUUCACCUCGGAGGGACUAUUAUCGAUAUCUACCGCCAGGCAAUGGUCUGUUCGAGAGAGCCGGACCUGAACCCUUUACAGCUUUGCACCCCUUCCUUUAUUUCAUCGUCGACACCGAGACUUCAGCGAGUCUAAUCGCCGGUCGAGUGGACGAUCCGCUUAAUUCGAGAAUAUUGUAGGGACAUGAUCUACGAGAUCGCUAUGGUUUAAAUAAACACUCGUUUAUUUGACGAUACUUAUAAAUAAUUCUAUAAUGUGGACUUCUUUUAUUAGCUCGCACACAAUUAUUAUCAAGUACACACAGUUAAUAUUGUGCUCUGUACAAAUUCCUAUUUGUAAAUAAAGAAAUAUAAAAUAUAAAAA